AUGGCGUCAGCAGAACUGAAGGAAUUAAAAGUUCAGUUACAUGAACUUGUGGAUAAGGGGUACAUUAGACACAGUGUGUCGCCUGAAGCGCCAGUCUUGUUUGUCAAGAAGAAAGACGACACCCUCAGAUUAUAUGAUCUCUUCGAUCAGUUAAAAGGAGCCACGGUGUUUUCUAAGAUAGAUUUGAGAUCAGGUUAUCACCAGUUGAAGGUGAAGAAAACAGAUGUUCUGCUUUCAGGACUAGUUUCGGCUAGCAGAGUUGGUGUAGAUUCCCAAAAGACAGAAGCGAUAGUUAACUGGGAACGACCCAUGACUAUAACAAAGAGUCUAAAGUAUAUCUUUGAUAAGAAAGAGCUAAACUUGAGACAGAGAAGAUGGAUCGAGUUGAUCAAAGAUUAUGACUGUAUAAUUGAUUACCACCCGGGUAAAGUGAAUGUGGUGGGUGAUGCUCUAAGUCGAAAGACCAGAUCAACCAUAGUUGUUAUCUAUACAGUAAGAGGUAUGCUGAUACAUAAGUUGCAUAGUGCUAAAGCAGUAUUAUCAGUUGACCAGGCAGGAGGUUUGAUAGCUUCAUUUCAAGUAGGUCCUACUCUCGUAGAUGAUAUUCUACGUGAACAGUUAAAAGAUUCUGAUCUUCAUAAGUUAGCUGAAGAAGUAGGUAAAGGUCUGAGGAUGGAUUACCAGUUAAGAGCAGAUAGAGUGCUACUGAAAGAAGGUAGGGUAUGUGUAACUAAUACCUUAACACUUAAACAGGCUAUUCUGAAAGAAGCACAUAGUUCAGCUUAUGCUAUGCAUCCAGGAUACACUGAUUCUGAUUUCUAUACUGAUGUAGAUUCAAGGAAAUCUACUUCAGGAUCAUUUUUCACUCUCAAUGAAGGAGCUAUAGGUUGA